AUGCUAUUGACGCUCAAGUGCCGUUCUAAACAUGUCUUCUUCUUCUUCUUCUUCUUCUUCUUCUUCUUCUUCUUCUUCUUCUUCUUCUUGCCUACAGAGGACGAGGCCUACUUGGCAGCACUAAAAACAGUGGGUGACAAGCUGCGUUCUGCAAAUGCCAUGCCUAGCACUCAUCCUCUCUACCAGGAAGUGAGCAGGGUCUGUGAGGAGAGAAUGGACAUCUUCCGCGGCUUUCCCGGCCCCAAUGAGAAUGGGGAGGCCUUCAGCGGCGAAGGGUGGAACGUGGUUGCCCAGCAGGGCGAGAUGACAAUCUAUAACAGGGAGGUGGAGAGUGCCGAUGGCAAUUACCUGGAUCCAUUGCAGGCUAUCCACACCGUGCACAAGGUGACUGCUCGGGAAAUGUGUGAAGCCUUCUGGGACGUGCAGUAUCGUCUGGAUUGGGAGAUCACCAUCGACCACGCCCCGUCUGUGAUCGAGAUCUGCGGUGACAAUACGGUUCUGCAAUACCAGGACUACAAGCGCAUUUGGCCAGCGACCCAACGAGAUGCCCUCUACUGGUCUCAUAUCCGUCGCCUCAGCUUGAAAGACUCCCCUGGCUCCCAACGGAAGAACCCCAGUGACGACAUCGUCCUGGACAACUGGAUGGUUUGCAACUACUCCACCAAGUACGGUGAGGACCGCCUCCCCACCUCGGCCUCUUCCUGCAUUCGCCUCGGGGUGGACGUGGAACUGUUCUGUCAGACGGUGUGGACACCACCGGCCGAAAUGCAGGCGGAGUUGGCCAGUCUUGACCUGACACAGCUCUCGGAGGCGGAGUUUGACGAGUUUGUGCGAUCUCGUGUGAACCGGGAGGCGUUUCCUCUAACUCAUUUUAACUACCUCGUUUUCCUUCAUAACAGGUGGGUCUUAGCGACUCUUCGUAUUCUUGGACGUGUAAUGUGGAUCGACGCCAAGGAUUUGUGUCGAUUUAUUGUCGCCUCGCAGGACACUGAAACCGGAGGCAUUGCUGAUCGUCCGGGCAAUCAUCCAGAUCCAUUCCACACUCUCUUUGGUCUAGCAGGUCUCAGUCUCAUUGCUCGGCCCUCCUCUGGUGCUCGAAUUAACGAUAGGUCCUCCUCCUGUAAUGGAUCCGUGCCCUCCAGUGAUGCCAACUCCACUCCAGAGAAUGUCCUUUCAACUGCUCUGCAUUCACUGCGGGAUAUAAACCCUGUGCUUUGUAUGCCACAAUAUGUCAUCGACAAUAUUUCAGUUCAGAUUCAGACUCUGUGA